GGGCGCUUUAAGAGAAACCUCAGCUCCUGUCCGGGAUCCUGGCAGGACGUACAACCACCUUCUGCUCCACCGACACAACUCACCUGGAGCACGGCAGAGUCCCACAGGACAAGACGACUGCGCUCGCUAAAAGUGCAAGUGGCUCCCAUUCAGUGACCAUUCAUCAGGUCCCCUAAGUGUUGCGUCUCCUCCCCGACUCAGGAGUGUCUCCUACCUGCCCCCGGAGCUUUAAAAGGUCCGCCUCGGAGCGAGCAGACGCCACACUGUUGCAGACGAACCGCGGAUCCAGGACAGCGGGCCAUGAAAAAGAAGACAAACAUGAACCUGGAACUACGGACCACAAAACACUGAAAUGUGACAAUAAAAUUCAUGACGUCAAAACAGCAGGUGUGACAAAGUGAAUUCAUCUAGUCUUCUUUUUUUGACGGGAACCAAGAAACAUCAUGGAGCUGCAGCACAACAGCAAUCACAACCAGGCCUCGUGGAGAGAGAUACCAUGGGAGUCCACAGAGGACUGCUCACUCUCAGUGAGCGGGACAACUUUCCUCAUCAUCGCUUACAGCAUAGUGAUGGCCGUGGGCCUCAUCGGGAACUCCUGCUUGGUUUUUGUCAUCAUGCGGCACAAGGAGAUGCAAAACGUUACCAACAUCUUCAUUGUCAACCUGUCUUGUUCUGAUAUUCUUAUGUGCAUUAUAUGCCUCCCAGUCACCAUCAUUUACACACUGAUGGACCAGUGGAUCCUCGGCGACACAAUGUGCAAGCUCACGCCCUUUAUCCAGUGCAUUUCAGUUACUGUUUCCAUCUUCUCCCUCGUCCUCAUUGCCUUGGAGCGCUACCAGCUCAUCGUCCACCCGACUGGAUGGAAACCACUGGUGAGCCAGUCCCACGUGGCAGUGGCCGUCACCUGGAUCGUGGCCUGCCUAAUAUCUGUGCCUUUCCUAAAGUACAGUGUACUUACCUUGCCUUUCCAGAACCUGAGCCUCCCCAUCCCUGUCAGCGACCACCUCAUUUGCAUGGAACUGUGGCCGUCCAUUCCAAAGCGCCGCGCAUACACCACCUCCCUGCUUGUCUUCCAGUACCUGCUUCCUCUCACCCUCAUCUUGGUCUGCUACCUGCACAUCUACCUGCGUCUGAGAAGGAGGAAGGACAUGGUGGAGCGCGGCAGGAAUGCGACUCAGAAGAAGACCAAGGGCUCCACAAGGAUCAACGCCAUGCUGAUCUCCAUUGUGGUGGCCUUCGCCCUUUCUUGGCUUCCCCUCAACAUCUUCAACACGGUGUUUGACUGGAACCACGAGGCCAUCCCAUCUUGCAGCCAUGACGUCAUCUUUUCUUUCUGCCACCUCACAGCGAUGGUCUCCACUUGCGUCAACCCGAUCAUCUAUGGGUUCCUCAAUAGCAACUUCCAGAAGCAGCUCAAGUCCACUGUAUUGCGCUGUCGAUGUUGGGGGCCGGUGGAUAGGUACGAAAUCGUCCCACUGUCUACUGUUAGCACAGAGGUCACCAAAGGGUCAGUCUUCAGCAAUGGAUCAAUCACUAUCAACUCAUAAAACAUUCCCCAAGGAAAUGAAAGAGAUCUAGUAGAAGAAGACUACCUAUCCAACAGUGUCCCAUCACUUGGACUUUUUUUGGGGGGUUUCCCUUAGUUGAUUUUGAAGAAAGUUCAAUCUUUUGUAAAGUGAAAAUAUAUGAAAAACAAAGUGUUGACAUGUCAUUGGCCUGGCACAGUUGUCUUGAUUUAAAGAGGGUUCCCACUGAAGAGGAAGUAGAUAACAAACGGUUCAAAGGUUGGACCAGUUGAACUAUUGCUGGACAACAAAUGCUGUAAGGACCUACGAGUGAAUAGAUGGCCUUUAAACUCUUGAACAUGUCUUUUCUGUAAUGUUCUAACCUCUAUUCUGAAGUCUGGAGUUUUCAGAGGACUUCCUCCUAUCUUUAUCCUGCUGUAAAUGUGCUCAACAACCAGUGAGUGCUGGAGAAAACAAAGCAAAUGUUCCCUUCGAUUCAGUUGCUUUAUGUUAAUAGCGCUGAUGAAAAAAUUAAGGGGAUUGUGAACUGUUAAUGAUUAUCAACCGAGAAACUUAUCACGCAGUUGAAGGAGACAAUAUUAAUGCUUUAGAUGUGGCUUUAGGCGCUCAUUCAAUCGAUUUACUGGCACCGUCUUACUGCUUUUGUCAUUAUCUAAAAUAACCACCAGUGCUGUAACAGUGGUUCUCAGAUAACCUCGGCCAGAGCAGCAUACGUCUCGUGCUGUCAGCCGGGGCUCUGCACUCCGGUCUUUAUAUACGUGUGGGAUAGUGUAUGCCAUGAAGUGUGCCGUACAAACGCAUAUCAGCUGCAAUAAAACAAAAUAAAAGUGACAGUAAAGGACUCUGUCAGAACAGGUCUCUUCUGCUGUAUAUAUAUCACAUGACAGAGUUAUAGUUUAUGGUGUGGUCUAAAGUAAAGAGCACUUUGUAGCCUAGCAAAUAUCUCUUGGUGGAUCUGUUGUUAGACACUUUGUGCAUUUUUAAUCACAUUAAAUCGUAUACGUUAUCUUUAAUGAUUAAACCUGUGUUGUAAUAUUUGGCUUAGAGCUAUGUUACAUUGAAACAAUAAACUUCAAUACAUCACGUUUUAACCUGACAUUUUCAAUUAUUGCACCCAUGCUUGAGACUCAAAAGUUAUUUUUAAAAUAUCUGGGCCUAAAAUCUAAAUUGUGGUUUUAAAUGUACAAAAAGUGUUCCCAAUCUCUUUUGCUCCCCACCCCCAGACUUCAAUGUAUUUUAUUUGGAUUUUACAUGUUAGACCAAGACAAAAUAGUGCAUAAUUGUGAAAGGAGAAACAGCAAACGUGAAGUCAAAUUGGAUGAAUAAUACCUGCAAACAGGAAUUGUAAGUUUUGCUACAAAUUCUCAGUCAAAUUUAGGUUUGCACUUUGAUUGGGCCGUUCUAACACAUGAAUAUGUUUAAAUCUUGGCUGUACUACAGUAGCUAUGUUUAAGAUAAACCUCUGUCCCAGCCUCAAAUGUUGUUCAACCUUAAACAGAUUUCCUUUCAGGACUGUCCUGUGUUUAGCUCCUUUUAUAUUCCCAUCAACCCUGACCGACUUCCCUGUCCCUUCCUUACCCAGCCACCAUUAUGUUUUCCUGUGGAAAUUUUAGUUUUCUGAGACUUAGUAUUUUGCAUAUCGUCAAAGAAAUACAGUUUUGACUCAUCUGACCAGCACACAUUCUGCCAUGUUUGCUGUGUUUUCUACAAGGCUUGUGUCACCAUGCAACUUUACAUGGCCUCAUUCUCAGCCAUGCUUUGGUAGCGCUGCAGUUGUGUCAUCCUCUUCUCAUUUUUGGAUGAUGGAGUAAAGCUCAGUCCAAAGUUUGAAAUAUUGUUUUAUAACGCAGCCUGACCAUAAACUUCUUCACAGCCUUAUCCCUGACCUGUCUGCUGUGUUCCUUCAUAAUCUUCAUGAUGCUGUUUGUUCACAAAUGUUCUCCAACUAAUGUCUGAGGGCUUCGCAAAACAGCCAGAUUUACACUAGCAGUUGUGCUUACUAAAGUAAGCAGGUCUCUCCUGAAGGCAAUUGGGUUUUAGAGGCUCUGUCAAAGUAAAAGCGACGAAUGCAAAUGCUUGGCACACUUUCAGAUCUCCAUUUAUAAGUCUUUUCAAAAAAAAUAAAAACAAUGUCUCCUUUUCCUGCCACAAUUCUGGUCUACUUUAUGUUGGUCUACAACAGGAAAUUGCAAAAAUAUCUAUUUUAUUAUCUAAGAGAAUGUUUUUAAUAGAUUUAUACAUUUUAUUUAACACUUUCAACAGCUGAUGCAUUUGUAUAGCUAACGUUGCAGUUCGUACAUUUGUACAAAAGCCGAUUAUUUCUAUAAAAUAGGAAAUUAAAAAGUGCAGUUAACAUGUUAUUUUAAGAAACUGACUGAAAAUUUAAAAAGAGGAAUUUGACCGUUCGAAUGCUGCGUAAACAUCAUCAUUUUAUAUCUUUUAAAUGCUGUUGGGAGUUUUACCAUCUUGACGCAUGACUCAGACAAACCACUAAAUGCUGUCACCUGAAUGAAGGGGGUGCAGCUGUUUUUGAUCAAAUUAAAGUUUGAUAGCAGGAUUUAGUCUUACGUAAACAAAGGAAGAAACAUAUGCAUGUGGGGUAAGGUUUGAAUCGUUACUGAUUAACUGAACGAGAACAUGAAGCUGGUGUAUUUAUCUACUAUCCUGUUAGCAUCUGAUUAAUAUUGCAGUGUCGCAGCCUAAUGCAGACCCAUGUGCGCAAAAGAUUUAAAUCAUCUUUUCACAAAAUGAAUAUUUCAAGAUGUGUCUGAGGUCAAGCUAAGUGUGCCGUUUGAGUUUGCAUUAUUCAGGGGGACAUCUGUGGUGACGAACCUUUCAGACACGAAUGCAGAGUUGGGAACACCAGUCGUCCCUUUCGGUGCUUUAGAUGUUUGGGGUUUGGAAUGGAGAUUAACUGGAAAUGAUGAUUAAAUAUUGGUACAAGGAAGUCUCGCGGGGACCAUAUUUUUGGUUCACGUGAGAUUGGCGCCACAGCAGAGAAAAACAACUGAGAUGGAACAAAAAGGGAAAUGUUUCAGCUUACCGCACAGGGCUUCAUUUUUAUGAUUUGUGGAGUGUGCGUAAUAAAAGGCACAACCUCAGGUUGUUUUCCAAAGGCAGUUCAGCCUGUAGGAGAGCUCUCAUAGGUCCUUGUCAGCACAAUUAACUGUACUCUUCCGCUGCCUUGGCCUGGACUGACCUUCUGCAGUCAGACUCCAGCCUCCUCUGUUCAGGCCUCUCACCUGUCUCUGUUCUUCUUUAAUGAUGAACGAAGCACUCAAGAUACCGGAGGUGCCGUCACGCUUCAAUGGCACUCGUCAAUGAGUGGAGCUUGAGUUUUGUCGUCUUGUGCUUUUUUUCUUCUUCUUCUUUUUUUUUUUUUUACCACUUUAACCCGGCCCGAAGCAUUUUACUGUGCUGUGAAAUGAAACUCAGCUGGAGACGGGCGCCUAACGAGUCCACCGGGCCAGACUCUCCUCGUCGGUGGAGCAGAUCCAGAAAGAUUAGCAUCUUGGCUCCCUUUUAAUUUAGUGAGAGAUUCUCAUAUAAGCAAUCUCACCAGAUCGCAGGAACAACAUGAACUAGUUGGCUGGGGAUGUCUGCAAGCUGUUGUUUUAAGCAUUUUAAUUCGCCUGCUUUUCUAAUGAAGAAAAAAAAAAAAGAAAGUAUUUUUCAUGUUCCAUCUUAUUAGCAAAGGGACAUUAAAUUUUAAAAACGGAAUGUUCCUAAUCAUUUUUGGUUCUAGCAAGCAAAACAUUCAGGAUUUAAAUUUUUGUUUGUUUAUUUAUGUAUCUUUGCUCAUUUAUGAGUCAGUUAAACAAGUUAAUAAAAUCUUUCUCCUGAACAGCGAUCCGCCUUAUGUCAGGUGCUUCCCCUUUUCUGAAGAUCAGACACAGACAGUUCACUUCAGUUUGUUGCUUUUAUUGUUUUAUUACUUUAAGUGUCAUAUCACAACAACCAGGCCAGGGGCAAUACAGUCCCUUUUGUAUAUUUUGAUUUUAAACAAAAUUUACAAAUCUGCAGAGAAAUUUUUU